UCAAAGAAACGCGUUGAGAUAUGACUUUAUUCUCCUUCUUUGGUUUUUGGGUGUUUGUAAAAUGUCCGUGUUUCAGGAUUUCCCAGUUUUUCCCGAGGAGGUCCAGCAGCUUUCAGUGAUUAAAGAAGAGGUUUCCCCCAAGCAGCAGGAGACAAGAUCCUAUUCGAGCCAGGACAUUCCAAAGUCUCUGUGCAUUAAAGAAGAACUAGAGGAACUAUGGAGCAGUCAAGAGGGCAAGCAGCUUCAAGGACCAGAGAAAGCUGAUAUCAUCGAGUUUGCUUUUGAUCCCAUCAAUGUGAAGAAGGAAGAGUAUGAAGAGAAACCUCACUCCUCACACACUGAAGAAAUUAAAGCAGGAGUUGAUGGAGAAGACUGUGGAGGAUCAGAAACAGCCCUGAUCUUCAAUUCAGAGAGAGAUAUACAACCAGAGACUGGGGUCAAGACUGAAGACACUUCUGAAGCUGAGACUGAUGACAGUGCUGACUGGAUGGAGAUGACAAAAAAUGUGUCAGGUUUAAAGUCAGUGGAAAAUAUUGAACGUAAGAGAAGACAGACAGAUAAAAAAUCAAAUAGCUGUUCUGAGUGUGGUAAAAUAUUUAAGCAGAAAAGUCAUCUAAAAGACCACAUGAGAACUCACACUGGAGAGAAACCAUUUUGCUGCUCUGUGUGUGGUAAAAGGUUUGACACAAAGGGUCAUUUGACACAACAUAUGAGAAUUCACUCAGGAAAGAAACCAUUCAGCUGUUCUGAGUGCGAUAAAAGAUUUAACUUUAAGUCUUGUCUGUCUGCUCAUAUGGUUCAUCACACUGGAGAGAAACCCUUCAGCUGUCCUUACUGUGAUAAGAGAUUCAAUUUUAAGUCUUGUCUGAAAGAUCAUAUCACCCAUCACACUGGAGAGAAACCAUUAGGGUGUUCUGUGUGUGGUAAAAGAUUUAAUGCAAAAGGUCGUCUAACACAGCAUAUGAGGCGUCAUACAGAAGAGAAACCAUUUGCCUGCUCUGUGUGUGAUAAAAGAUUUGACACAAAAGAUGUUCUGAUACAACAUAUGAGAAGUCACACAGGAGAGAAACCCUUCAGCUGCUCGGAGUGUGGAACAAACUUUAAGCAAAAAGGGAGUUUGACAAUACACAUGAGAAUUCACACAGGAGAAAAACCAUAUGGCUGCUCUGAGUGUGAUAAAAGAUUCAAAGCGAAAGGUCAUUUAACAAAACAUAUGAAAAACCACACAGGAAAGAAACCUCUACACUGUUCAGAGUGUGGUAAAAAGUUUGAUUUCAAGUCUUGUCUCAAAGCCCAUAUGACCCAUCACACUGGCGAGAAACCUUUCAGCUGCUCUGAGUGUGGUAAAAGUUUUAGCCAAAAAGGGAGUCUGACAAUUCACAUGAGAAUUCACACAGGAGAGAAACCAUUUAGGUGCUCUGUGUGUGGUACAGCAUUUAAAACAACAAGCCAUUUGGCACAACAUAUGAGACGUCACACAGGAAAGAAGGCCGAAACAAGAGCUGUUGAAGAGGACGGUGCAGGAUCAGAAGCAGACAGGAACUCCGAUUCAGAGAUACAUUUACAGUCAGAGUCGGAAGUCAAGACAGAAAACAUUUCUGAACCUGAGAUCAAAGACAGCGAUGAUAAUGAUUGGAAAGAGAUCAGAGAAGAUCAGAAAGGUCUGUCUUGAGGCAACAUAAAAACUCUCACAGAGGGAUAUGUAUUUCUUAUGUUAAUCAGAU